UUUUCAUUUUUGGCACUCCAAAAUAAAAAUAAAAAAAUGUUUAUUUUAAUUAAGUAAUAUUUUCUGUUCGAUAUAAAAUUCAUUUGAUUUAUUUGCAAUUAAAAAAGGAGGAAUUUGGGAAGAGAUUGAAAAACAGAAAUUUUAAUAAAAUAUAAUGAAAAAUUUACGAAACUAAAUCUUAAAAAUAUUUUUGUGCCAAAGCGAAUUCUUGUACAUAUUUUACCAAGACAGUUUUAUUCUUAAAUUAUUCAUUUUUUUUUUUAAUUUGUAUGUUGGAAAUUAAUUUUAUUACGCCUAUGUAAAAAUGAAUUCUGUAUAUCAAUUUAUUAAAGAAAAUCAUAUGCUAGCCGUUAUUGAAUUGGCACAAAAUCGUAAAGCUUUUACGUUAAAUCUUUCUAGGUUUGAAAUUAAAGAAAUCCCAGAUUUGGUAACGACUUGCAAUACAUUAAUGAAACUAUAUUUAGAUCACAAUGAAAUAAUUAAGUUACCCGACAACAUAAUUAAUUUAACACGUCUUCAUACACUAACUUUAGACUAUAAUUGUCUUAAAGAAUUUCCGUUGGUUGUAUGUGAACUGACCGGAUUGAAGUAUUUGAACUUAAGUUGUAACGAAAUUAAUACAUUACCACCACAAAUUGGACAUUUAACAUCAUUGCAAGUAUUUUGGUGUAAUAAUACAAAUUUACAGCAUAUACCAGAAGAAAUUGGUAAUUGUGAACUAAUAGAAACUUUCGGAGCUCGGGGUAAUGAAAUCAAAAAAUUACCGGAAAGUAUUGGUUUAUUAAAAAAACUAAGUUGGCUAACAUUGGAAAACAAUCAAAUCGACAGUCUUCCUGAAGCGUUUGUUGCUCUUAAUAAAUUAGCUCACUUAAAUUUAAAAAGAAAUCAACUAAAAGAAAUCCCAAAACAGAUUUCUGAAUUGAAGAAAUUGCAAUACUGCUUUUUAAAUUGCAAUCAAAUUAAUAAUGUUGACAUAGAUUCAUUGGAUAAAUAUAAUUUAAUAAAACUAAUUGACUUGGAAGACAAUCCCAUUGAUGCCACUGUCAAAGAUUUGGCUUUGUUGAAAUGCAAAAAUAUAAGUUUUGAAAAUAAAGAUUCUAAUCAAACUUCUACAACACAAAAUGACGACUCAGAUGAUGAAGAUGUGUCAGAUUGGGAAAACUCUAUAGAUACUAGUGAUAUUGAUACCAAUGAAGAAACUGGAGAUGAGCAUGAUCCUGAAGACAUAUCAAUGUUCAUUCCAGCUUUGGCGAAGUAUAUAACGACGUUUAAUUGAAAAUGAUGCAAGCUUUUAAAAAUUAUUCUCUUACUGUAUAAUGUUGCGUUUUUUUUUUUGAAAUACUUAUUUUGUGGAUUUCAAAUUAAAAGUGAUAAAAAAUAAAUCUUUUUAUUUUCUAUA